AUGAGGAAAGAAAUGACGACCUCUUCGAUCUUCCUUCUCCUUUUGUGCGCCACCACAAGUCUCGCCACCUGCUGCAGCUGCUUCAGGAUCGAGCUCAACCACGUGGACUCCAAGGCAAAUCUUACGGCGGCCGAGCACUUUCGCCGCGCCGGCUCGCGCGCCCAGCUCCGCCUCGAGUCCCUCGUGGUGACGGCGCCGCUCACCUUGGGGGAUGGGGACUACAUCGCGCAGUUCACCAUAGGCUCGCUGAAGGUGCAUGCCAUGGUCGACACCAUGACCAACCUGGUCUGGACUCAAUGCAAGACAUGCCGUCCCCACUGCUUCCAGCAAGAGCUGGACUUCUACGACUUGUCGAUGUCGACCACCGGGGAGGCCGUGUACUGCAACGACUCCCUGUGUGCCGCCGGGUACGAGACCCAGCCGUGCACGGGCCACCAUGGCCGCGCCGGCGCUUGUGCUGUUCGGACGACCUCCGACUUCGCCGUGGACAUCGCUGGCGUGCUCCUCACAGAGGAGUUCACCUUCGGAUCGACCGAGGCAAAGAUAGCAUUCGGGUGCAUCACCGAGACGAACAACGUCAUGGGACUGCACCUCCACGGCGCCUCCGGCGUCCUCGGCCUUGGCAAGGGCGCUCUGUCUCUGGUCUCUCAGGUCGGCGGCAACCGGUUCUCCUACUGCCUCACACGCGACCACGUCCAGUCAAGCUCACUGUUCGUCGGCCCCUCGGCCGGCCUGCAUGGCGACGCGCCGUUUGAGUCAGCGCCCUUGAGCUUGAACCCCCCGAUUAAUGAACCUUUCCACUCCUACUACUUGCCUCUGGCCACGGUGACUGUUGGAGAACCUGAUCUGGACGACAUCCCCUUUGAGGCGUUGAACCUGCAGGGGGGGCUCAUCAUCGACAUCAGCUACCCCUUCAUGCUGCUGGUUGACGUCGCCUACCAGGAGGUGAGGCAGGUGAUGUCACGGAAGCUGGGCAGUAGCCUCGUCCCGUCGCCGGUCGACUGGUUGGAACUUUGCGUGGCUCACUCGGACGUCCGCAGACUGGUCCCACCACUGGAGCUCCAUUUUGGCGACGGCACGCGCGGUGGGCAUUGGACGAUUCCGCCGGAGAAUUACUGGACGCCGGUGGACAUCAGCACGUCGUGCAUGGUGGUCCUCAACUCGGCGCUCAUGGCGUCACCGUUGAACAAGACGUCGAUCAUAGGGAACUAUAUGCAGCAGGACAUGCAUAUUCUCUAUGAUCUUGACAACCAGGAGGUCUCAUUCCAGCCCGCGGACUGCAGCUCCAUCUGA